GAACACACACCGACUGAAGUCACACACUCAUGUCAGCGUCUGAAGUUUCAUCCACACUCUUCUGCUGCCGUUGGGCUCUUCUGGAAACUGGACUUUAGAGAAAUGAUGCUGAUCUUUGGACUGAUGCUGCUGCAAACUGCUGCAUGUGUGGAGUUUACCUGCAGGUUUGGUCAGCCGGAUCCCUGUUACGCUGCUCUGGGACACAAACUCAAUCUGCAGAUGGUGGAUGAUAGAAUAUAUAAACUGAAGAUAAAGAGAAUAAACAACAACCAAGAUGAUCCAUUUUGUAAAGUCAGGAAUGACAAUAAAAGUAAGGCCGAAUGUGAUCUUUAUAAUAACAGAACUGAAGUGACAGUCAUUAAUGGGACUCUGAUAAUAAACCGUGUGGUCGGAGCAGAUUCAGGGAUUUACACUUUACACAUCGAUCACUCAGACGGCACAGUAUCAUCUGCAGAUCUUCAAGUGAAAGUUGAAGCUCCUAUUGGCUCAGUGAAUGUGUCACUCAACUGCUCCUCCAGUGGGGGGAAGUCCGUGUCCUGCUCUUCUGAUGGGGAUCUGCUCAUCUACAGCUGGACUCUGAAUGGAGAUCCACUGACGAAUGCAAACACCAACAUUCAUCUGAAUGAGACGACUGAAGGAGUCGUCAUCUGUAGUGUGAAGAACCACGUCAGUCAACAACAGAAGGACAUUAGUAUAGACUGUCCUGGAACAACUACUGUAGCGGUGACCUCUCGUUUGACCUCUACAAUGGCCAGUAGCAAACAGGCACCAGGACAUGCUCCUAUUGGCUCAGUGAAUGUGUCACUCACCUGCUCCUCCAGUGGGGGGAAGUCCGUGUCCUGCUCUUCUGACGGGGAUUCGCUCGUCUACAGCUGGACUCUGAAUGGAGAUCCACUGACGGAUGCAAACACCAACAUUCAUCUGAAUGAGACGACUGAAGGAGUCGUCAUCUGUAGUGUGAAGAACCACGUCAGUGACGGACGUAAGGGCAUUAGUCUAGACUGUUCUGGAACAACUACUGUAGCGGUGACCUCUCGUUUGACCUCUACACUUGCCAGUAGCACACAGACAACAGGACAUGGUACAAGUUCGUUUCCAACUGGUACGACUCUCACCCACAAUCAAAUCUCUGGAUCAUUUUAUCUAUCGAUGACAAUACAAUUGUUUAUGAUCAUUUUGGGCUGUGUUGCGCUGGUGCUGAUUCUGCUGUUCAUCACUGUAUGUCACUUUUACAAGAGGAAACAGGUCAAGUCAACACCAGCCCCUGCUGGAGAUACGGAGCUGGUUUAUGCUCAGAUCUCUCAUGAGAAACACAACAAAAAGAGGGGAAAGAAUAAAUCCGAAUCUCUCCCGGCCACUGAUGUUGAACACGCUGCGGUCGGGCCGCAGACGAAGAGGAAGGAGUUAAAAGAGGAAGAGGUUCAAUACGGAGAGGUGACGUUCACUCCGAACCAGUCAAACGCUCACCGGGUGCCUAAGGAGGAGUGUUUGUACGCUCAGGUACAGAGACCCUAGUUUCACAACCAAACGUGUGUAAAUGAAGUCCUUGUUCACUUUGGAAGUUUUGUAGUUUAUACAAAAGCAUAUUCAUGGAGUAUCGGGAGAAACGUUUUUGUAAUUUUUUUUUUUUGUUUGACAUGUUGAUGAUGGGAUUGUGUGUUGAUAUUGUGUGGUGUUAUGGACUAUCCUAGCUAACAAAAACAUGUUCUUAGAAUGUUUAUUAAGUUACACAAAAGUUAUUUCUUAAUGUACUCUGGUCUUUUUUUUUUUUUUUUUUUUCACUGCAUUUCGUGGUUAUGCAAACGUUAAAGGAACGUUCAAUUUCAUUAUUGGUAACAUUAAAAUGUUACUUCUCGAAACAUAAAAAAAAUAAAAAUAAAAAAGUUGCAUAGAAAAGAAAAAUUUUUAUGCUAACAUUUAAAGUCACUGGAUAAACAUUUGUUCAUAACUUUAAGAGAGCCUUGCCAGAAUGUUACGUUUCAUGUUAGCUGGACUAGUUCGUUUCUGGGUAAAACUGUAAGAUAUCGAGUUCACCAAGCUGAAGGAAAAAAAGAGGAAACCAAAUAUGUGUGAUUUUUUCCAUCAAACUAGCACUUCUGUUUUUAGCGCUUCGUGAAGUGUGCUGUCUGCCGCUAUCACAAGAGGAAACUUUAAAUGAAAGCAAACUUUUCAUCACGAGUCUCGAGGAGGGUAUCUGAUGUGGUCAAUUACUCAAAAGUCAUGAAAAUAAAUAUAUUUAAACAUAUCAAAGCAACUAAAACUAGAUUUUAGCAGAUACUAGUUAGUUAUGAGAAUUUAACUUUAAUGCAUCUGCAAAUAAGUUUUAUUUAUUAUGGUACAUGUUACUUCAAAUGCUGAAUUUGAGUUUGAAAUGUUUAUUUCGAACAUGAAAAAGAAAGUGUAUAAAAAUAUAAAAAUAUGUUUAAAAAGAAAUGUUUACAGAAAAGUAUUGCUGUAAUAAUUUCUUAAAAUACACAGAGCAAAGAAGUCUAAAAGUUUGUUCACACUGACUGGGUUAAAUGGCUUAAAGUUACUGAAGUCAUGUAGUGUAGUUGGUUCAAUUAGUUUCUACCAGAAAAAAACUUUAUUAAGUUGCUUUGGAUAAAAGGCAGAAAUGUAAAUGCACUCAACUCAGGUUUCAUUGAUCAUUUAUUAAAUGUAAUCCAUUUAUAUUAUUUCCCAGAUCUUCAUGUAAACUUGGACAUAUAGUAUAUCAAAUUUUAUUUGCAUGCAUACAGUAGAGUGAGACAUAUAGCAAAUCGCAAAACUUGUAUAAAUGUAACUAUUAUUACCUUUUUAUGAGAUUAUUAGGAAUGAAGAUAAUGCAGAUUUGAACAUUACGUUUUUUUUUGUAAAGGUGCUUUGCUUUGAAAUCAUGUGUAUUGAGAAAAGACAAUAUAAAUAGAAAAAAAAUCACAAUGUAAAAUGAUUGAUAUUUAUGCCGUCAGUGUGAACGACUCUAAUUAGAUCCACUUGCGCUUUUAUUCAUACUGGUUGAGAGCAUCAUUUGUCGUGACUGUAUGUAAAGGCCAUUGCACACUGAGUCCAAAAUUCGCAUCCGAAAUUUUCGCACGU